UAGUGAUUCCUCAAUGAAUCACUCCAGCCACCGGCCACAACACUCGAGUCACGUUUACGUUUAAACAGUUUCACUACAACCGCCGCUGGUACCGGCCGAUACCGUAUCAGACCUACAUAUAAAACUGCAUAUAAAGUAAAACUACUAUCAUAAAUACAGAUAGUAGAUAGAUUAAAAAAGAAAAUUAUUUAUAGUUCAUCAUACUUAAUGGUGUUAUAGAUACGACGUCAUCUCAAGGAGGUGAUGUGAAGAUCAGAAGAAACAUUGGUCGCAAGCGCUAUGUGAAGAUAACAAAAUGUUGAUGAACAUUUGCAAAUCAUGUCAGUAUUGCCUGGAGAGUUUGUACUGGUCAUGCUGCGAGGAAAGGUUUUGCUUCGACAAGAAGAUCGCUACUUACACUUUAGAAGAUGAGAAGCAACAUGCAAAUGGCUACGCGAAUAUGGGUGCAAGUCUGGACAGCGUGGUCACGCAGCAGCCAAUCAACAAUAACCAUCUACCCCAAAGAGUCAUAGCGAACAGAGAAGUUAAUGAGCUACCCCUGCACGCUGACAAAUUAUACGAGGUUUUUUCUAAAUCGCUGAUAUUUAGAGAUGAACACGAAUUAAAAAAAGGCAGCACAAAUUCGCUUGAUGAACUUGAAACAAAGUCUGAACCAGACUAUUUAUCAGACAAACCUAACAGAACAAAAGUUUAUUUCGAGGACGAACUAGAUUCACCCGUUACAGACUUUGAGAUUAUGUUUAAAGAUGAACUCAAUUAUGAAAUGUUCAAAAUUGAAGAAGAAGAAGAGGAAGAUCGCAAUAGCCCGGAUACUGAAGAAGGUCUGACAAUGAAUGUAGCUAUUAAGAAGCAAGAUGUGAUUAAAACAAGUACAGUCACAAUAAAAGGCGAACCCAAACUUGCAACUCCACAUAAUAUAUACGAAUAUGAUCCAGUUUCAAUGUUGACCCUACCGCCCAUUUUAUCGUUACCAAGAGUUGAAAGUGUUAAGGGAAUAUUGCGGACAAAUAGUACCAAAACAUUAGACAGAAUAGACAGUGGGGCAAGAUUAUCAAGACCGACACUUAACAGGGUUGAAAGUUUGAAAAAUAUGGAUCCCAAUAAAAUUAACAAAGUGUUGGCAAGAGUGCCCCAUAGAAGUGCAUCAUUCUUAAAUAUCCCAGCACAUUUAGUUCCAGAAAAGCCCCCAUUAACAAAAAGCAAAUCUACGGUAGGAGUUCCAUCGUUGGCAUCCAGUGAAUUAAAAUUAAGUUCACUCCCAGAUACACCAAUUAUUAAAAGUAAUAAUCUGCCAAGAUUCUUUGCAGACAGUCCAUCGUUUAUACCUGAUUAUAAAGAAGAAACUAGUCUGCAAAGUAUAAAACAGCAGUCUGCCAAGAUGUUACAAAUGAACGACUUUAGCAUGCCCCGUUAUUAUGGUACAGUGUCAAAGUCUACAGAACAUUUAUCCGUUCAUGAGAGUAAAUCUAUGCCUGAUCUAAGAAAUCCAACAUCGACUGGCAAAGUUAGUAAGCGACUGGUAAAGUUAAGAAGUAGAUUAAAGCCAUUAGUAAUAAGAAAGAGUUCGGAGGAAAAGUUAUGAGUUAUAAAAAAGUAUUAAAGAAGUAUUUUGAUGUUAGUUUAUUGAGAGUAAUUUUAAGAGCUCUGAUCAAAGAAUAAUUGCUGGCAAAUUGUACAAACACAGUAAUUAGUUAUUUUUUUUUUGUUUGACGGAUAUAUAUCAUAAAGAGAGAAGAGUAUGAUUAAAUUAUUAUAAUCGUAUGAUAACUGAGAAUACAAUAUGUAUGACGUUUCAUUGUGUGGACCAUUAACUUGACUUUGAUGAGGACAUUCUGACUCAAUUGGAAAUUAGUAUAAUUUUUAUAACAAUAAAUAUAAUUAAUUAUAAAUUAUUUUGCACAAUAUUCAAUGAGUGUCAAUAAAUUUAUAUAUUUUUUUAAAUUGACUUUUUAAAGCAUAGUAUUUGUAUUAUGUUGCUCAAAACGACGUACCUAGUGAUUAUGAAUAUUAUUAUAUACAUAAUUGUACUUAACAACAAAAUUUGAAGUAAAUUAAAUUUCUAGUCACAAAUUAAUCUUACUUAACUAUAAGGACUGCUUGACGAAUCAGUAACUAUUAACUUAGUAUAAAAAAUGACUAAUUUUAUUUUCUUAUGUCUUGCAAAUAAAGAUAAACCUGUACAAAAAGAGUGUUGAAUGUGGGAAGGCUCAUGUUAAAUAUUUUGUGUUUAGUUAAUCGUUGUUUAGAACUAGCAUAGAUAAAUUAUUAAAUUAAUAAUUAUAU